CAACAUCACGAUCCAAAGUAUCUUCACUAUUCAACUUUAAUUCCGUGGUGAAUAGUACAAAUUCGAAGAAUGUACACCUCAGUGGUCAAGAUAACGCUGACGUUGAUGGUGAGUCUAGGGGUUGUUUACGGCGAACCACCAGUGAGCAAUCAGUAUGGCGUUCCUGCGAAUUUGCCGGUAAGCAACAAUCACGUAUCCCAUGGAGGCGUAACAAAUAGCUACGGUGCACCAUUGGGAGCGGAUGGUCAUCAUGACGAGCAUCAGGAUUACAUCGAUAGUCAGCCGAAAUCCUACGAAUUUGGAUAUGCCGUUAAGGAUUCUGCCACGGGAAAUGACUUCGGUAGACGAGAGAGCAGUGAUGGUGAAACCGUACGGGGUGAAUACCGUGUACAGCUUCCAGAUGGAAGGGUCCAGAUAGUGACGUACACGGCCGAUUGGAGAACUGGCUUUCACGCAGAUGUCAGAUACGAAGGGGAAGCUACUUUUCCCGAUCAGUACAAUAGUGGUUACAACAAUGGUUACAAUCACAAUAAUAAUAAUAAUAAUGGGUACAAUAACGGAUAUAAUAAUUUCAAUAAUUACAAUAAUGGAUAUAACUAUAAUCAGAACCAGCCACAAGGAUUCAACUACCAUCAAGGAGACAAUUAUAAUACCCACAGCAACCAGGGAAACUAUAACAACUACCAGUUCCCAUCGAACUCAGAUUACAACUACAACAAUAAUCCCAAUUCAUUUGCUCCAAGACCCACGUAUGGAACACCACAAUUUCAUUGAUAGAAUUUGUCCGUCCGAAAAAUAUCCACUUUAGGUCAUUUGGGAAAAUGGGAGGAGAAUAAGUAGGGUCAUUCGCCAAUUUUACCUCGACAAGUGGAAUUUUCUCUGAGAAUUUCCAGGGAAAAAUGUACUUGACUUGUAUAUACAUUUAAUACCCCAGAAUAUAAGGUGGUAUAUUGUGUAAUUGUAAUCUCCAAAUUGAGGAGUAACGACCGGGGUCAUAAAAUAGUUUCUACUAUGUACAGAGAUAUUUCUAUAAUUUUAUAAUAAAAUGAGUACUUAAGA